AUGUGGCCUCCCCCCCCCCCUCCCCUUCCCGUGAUGUCGGAAGAAACCCGACAGAGCAAAUUGGCUGCGGCCAGGAAAAAGUUGAGAGAGUAUCAGCAGAGGAACAGCCCUGGUGUUCCUGCAGGAGCGAAGAAGAAAAGGAAGAUUAAAAAUGGCAGUAACCCUGAGACAGCCACUGCUGAUGGUUGUCACACUCCUGAGGAUAUUCAGGACAUUCUGAAGGUGCUGGUGUCCGACCUUAACCGCUCCAAUGGGGUAGCGCUCCCCCCAUUGGACAAGUGGAAGGCGCCCAAAGACCGCGCCGCUCCUGCUGCACCAACUGUUGAUGACACUGUGUCACCUGGCGGUGUCCCUUCCCCCUGUGCUAGUCCCCCCCGUGUCACUAGCAUGGCAUCAACUCAGAACCAUGAUGCAAAAAAUGAACCUUUUCUCAUGGAAGAAAGCAAAUGUCUGUCAUCUACCGAGAGCCUGCGACAGCUUUCUCAGCAGCUCAAUGGUCUUGUGUCUGAGUCUUCAUCCUACAUCAAUGGGGAGGGCCUGGCUACUUCUGCUAACAUAAAGGAUCUGGAGAGCCGGUACCAAGAGCUAUCACUAGCCCUGGACUCCAGCAAUCUAACAAACAAACAACUCAGUAGCAAGAUAGAGGAAUUGAAACAACAGCACCAGGAAACUUUGGAUCAACUGGAAAAAGAGAAGAAGGAGUUUGAACAGAAGCUUAUGAAGGAACAGGGUUCUCUAAGGGAACAGCUACAGGUUCACAUCCAGACCAUAGGGAUUCUGGUGUCUGAGAAGACCGAUUUGCAUACAGCCUUGGUCCAUACACAGCAGGCAGUCAGGCAGAAAGCAGGAGAGUCUGAAGAUCUUGCUAGUCGCCUGCAGUCUUCCCGCCAGCGCGUAGGAGAGCUGGAGCGCACGCUGUCUGCUGUCUCUACACAGCAGAAACAGGUGGACAAGGUGGAGCUGAAGAGCCAGGAGGCCGAGAGCCUGCAGCAGCAGCGAGACCAGUACGUGAGCCACCUGCAGCAGUACGUGGCGGCCUAUCAGCAGCACGUGGCCGCCUUUCAGCAGCUGGCCUCCGACAAGGAGAUGCUGCAAAAGCAGGUGCUGCUGCAGACGCAGCUUAUGGACCGGCUGCAGCACGAGGAAGUUCAGGGCAAGGCGGAGGCCGAGAUGGCCCGCCAAGAGUUACAGGAGACCCAGGGACGCCUGGAAGCUGCCACCCAGCAGAACCAGCAGCUCCAGGCGCAGCUGAACCUCAUGGCUAUGCCUGAGGAAGGAGACGGACUGGACGGUGAGGAGAAGGACGGGGAGGCAGCCCCGCCAAAGCUGAGCAUGCCGGAGGACCUAGAUAGCCGCGAGGCCAUGGUGGCAUUUUGUAACUCGGCCCUAGCCAGUGCCGAGGAGGAGCAGGCGCGGCUGCGCGGGCAGCUGAAGGAGCAGAGGCUGCGCUGCAAGCGCCUGGCUCGCCUGGUGGCCCCUGGGACCACCGAGGACAGCGUGCCUGGGGAGACCCACCAGGCCCUCCAGGUGGCCAUGGACAAGCUGCAGAGCCGCUUCCUGGAGCUCAUGCAGGAGAAAGUGGAUCUGAAGGAGCGGGUGGAGGACCUGGAGCAUCGCUGCAUCCAGCUUUCUGGAGAGACGGACACCAUAGGAGAGUACAUUACCCUCUACCAGAAUCAGAGGGCCGUGCUAAAAGAGCGGCACCGGGAGAAAGAGGAGUACAUUAGCCGACUGGCUCAGGACAAAGAAGAAAUGAAGGUGAAGCUACUGGAGCUGCAGGAGCUGGUGCUCCGUCUGGUGGACGAGCGAAAUGAAUGGCAGGGCAAGUUCCUAGCCACUGCCCAGAACCCUGCUGGGGAACCCACUACGGCACCCCCAGCCCAAGAGCUUGGCGCUGCCAGUGGCCGGGAUGAUCUUCGAGAAGUGAGCCUGGCCGACAGUGACAGUGCGGAGCCUCCCCAGGGAGAGGCCCUGUCACGCCACACUGGAGCUGAGAACCCCACCGCUCAGCAGAUCAUGCAGCUGCUGUGUGAGAUCCAGAACCCCCGAGAACGCCCAGGCUUGGGCAACAACCCCUGUGUCCCCUUCUUCUACCGGGCCGAUGAAAAUGAUGAGGUGAAGAUCACGGUGGUCUAG